CGGAUGUGUCAAGUCGAGAUUCGACGUUUGAUGUUUGAUAACUCCGACUGGACCCUGGACUUCUGAUUCCACUUCCUGUGCUCCGUCACGCUCUCCUCCAGCUUCCCGACAGUUUUCGGCCUUCGAUAUGAGAUAGUGGCAGUGCUGAGCCUAUUGCGAUCCCUAUGCCUCCGACUCCCGCCGCCUACCCUCCCCGUCCGCCUGCAGCAUGUCUUCACCCCUUUCGAGGAGCCCGCGGAGGUCGACAGAGAGCCUUGACUUCCUCAGCUCCCCUCCACAGCAGCAGACGCAGUUUCCCUUCCCUCAACAGCAUGAUUGGUUCCGCCGCGCAAGCUCCGCCAGUGGUCGGCACCAACCACGCCGUGGAUCGACGGCAAGCUCAAUUCACUCCGUUGGAGGAGCAUUGGACACAUCCUACAAAGCUAGUAUGGGGGCGGUGAGAGAACAAGGCCACAAUGCCAUAUCGACCCUAUUACAACCCCCAAUUGUUCGGACAGGAAUGGUGCCUUUUACUGCCGGUUCUGUAGCAUCUAAUCAUAGGCCGCCAUCUACUAAGGACAUUCCGCCGGUCACUCUUCCCAACAUCCCACACGUCGAACCAUCCGCAUUUACUUCAUACUUGUCACAAAUUGGGAAAAUCUACGAUGCGUUUCAGCGGGCUAAAGCGGAGAGUGAAAAUGAGGCUUCGCAAUCGCUACGGAGAGAUUCCAAGAAAGAUGAGCUUACGGAUACGCUUGAAAGAGGAAUGCAAGCUAGCUCAUCCUCGACUCCUAAGCUAUCAGAAGGCGCUUUUCCUCCGGCGGCAACAGCGAGACCUAAGAGACGGAUGAGUGGUCAGAAGCGUACAGCCGCGACGGUGACCCCCCUGUCAACGAUACCCACUGUAUACUUCGAUGAGAAUUUCCGACUCGAGAAUCCUCGCACGUUCGACAUCGUGAGCGAAAGGUCUGAGGUGGUGCGCCCGCCGCAUGUAAAGAGCAGCGAUGAUAUACAGGCUGGAAACGUCUUGCUGGAAGCUCCUCAACCUCCGGGGAGAAAGGCUCUUGCCACCAAUGCCAUACUCCAGGAAAAGUUAUCCUGGUACAUGGACACUGUAGAAGUUCACCUUAUAAACUCCAUCUCCACCGCAUCCACGUCCUUUUUUGCAGCUCUUGGAUCGCUGCGCGAACUGCAGUCGGAAGCAUCAGACUCGGUAGCGAAGAUAAAGUCCGUCAGGGAAGACCUUACAAGACUGGAUAAGCAAAUGGCGGUUGGCGGCCUGAAGAUCGUGGAGAUGAAGCGCCGUCGGCAGAACCUGAAACGGUUGGCCGAUGCUACGGACCAGCUUCAUGGGGUAGUUCUUGGUCUCUCACAUUGCGACGAAAUGGUGGAUCAAGGUGAUCUAGAGGUGGCCGCAGCACGGCUUGGCAUCGUUGAGAGACUCAUCUCCGGAUCUAUAGACCAAACAGAGAUCACUGAUACGUCUUGGAUACCGGCGAGGCUACCUCCCACUAUCGUCGACCUCCGCAGACUGAGAGCUCUAGAGGGAGUUGGGGAGGGCAUCCAGCAACUGCGAUACCGUAUUGGAAAAGGUUUUGAGGCUAGGUUCCUGGAAACUCUCCUCGGCGAUCUUCGUGAACAUGUCAAAAGUGUGUCUGCUCAGGAUACAUUGACGAGGUGGGUUGCAUCCUCCCAAAGGGGCCGUGGAGCGGAGGGAAAGAUCAAGUCGACAACGCUACCGGCAUAUAUGAAUACGACUCAAAAGUUUCGCCAUGAACUGCGGGCUACAUUACUAGGUCUUAGCAGUUCUAGUUAUACGAACCAAGCAAGCGCGGCCUUCAGAGACGCCAUCGUUCGCGAAAUGAAGGUGCUCAUUCGACGUCAUCUACCCAGCUCCACCGAUGACGAUGCGGAAUCCAUGACUUCGGUCUCCACAAGAAGCAGCCGCGUGUAUUCUCAGCAAGACAAAAACUCGAUACUGGCUCGAAACAUCCGUGCCAUGGAUCCCACGGAUGCCGAGGAGUUCUUCGUGAACAUCUUCACUGACAUCGGCGAAGCAUUACGGAGGCUGAGCGUGCAAGUGAAGGUGCUUUUGGAUGUUACCAGCGGUGUCACUACGCCUCCACCCUCCAGCGGAGGACUGCGCUCCCCUCGUCCUACUGUCGGGAGCAUCGACGAUUACCUGGGCAACGGACAAUACAACGGAGACGCGAGGCCGCUUCAAGAAGAGCUCAUGCAAGCCAUGGAUAUGUCGAGCUUAUUGGGACAGGCUGUCGAUGCAGCUCAGACGCAAAUCACAAAGUUGUUGAAGGUGCGAUCGGAAGCGACUGCCAGCCUUCCUCUCGAUCGAUUCCUUCGAUACUUCAACUUGUGCAGACUUUUUGCCGAUGAAUGUGAAGCGGUAUCUGGUCGCUCAGGCACGGCCUUGAAAGGUGUGGUGAACAUUCACAUCACCGAAUUCGUUGCCAAAUUCGCCGAUAUAGAGAAGCAAACUCUAAUCCAGGCCAUGGAUUCCGAUCGCUGGGAUCCUACCGAUUUCAACGAUGCGGAUAUGGCGGUUCUAUCGCGCAUUCUGGGCGGUAUGACUAAUGACCCGCCUGAAUGGUCUCGAGUGGGUGCUCUUUUGGAUGAGGAAGAUAACAAGGUCAACGGAGUAGCGUCUGAAGUGGCCAACGGUAAUGCUCCUGCCGAGAAGCCAAAGAGCUCAAAGCCGGCCGUCGUGGAUGAGCAAAAGUACUUUGUACCGGGAUCAUGCACUGUCGCCAUCCGAGGACUCGACCGUUUCGAGACACUCUUUUCUACUAUCCCGAGCAUGACGGCGGAAGUUUGCACCGGCUUGUGUGACUACCUGAAGCUCUGCAACUCACGGCUAUGUCAGUUGAUAUUAGGAGCUGGGGCUAGACAGAGUGCUGGUCUCAAAAACAUCACCACUAAACACCUUGCCAUUGCAUCUCAGACUCUGAGUUUCCUCUUAGCUAUCUUACCCUAUGUUCGGGAAUGCGCACGUCGGCAUUCUACUAGCACAAACGGAAAGGCAUUCCUGGCUGAAUUCGACAAUGUUAAGCGCUUGCUUCAUGACCAACAAGCCAACAUCCACGAGAAAUUGGUCGAUCUCCUCAGCAACCGAGCCGCCAUCUACGUUCGUAACCUCGAAAUGAUUCAAUGGGAUGAGGAUACUGAGCGUGACGUGAGUCCCAAUAUGGAGACUUUAACGAAGGAGACCGUGACCUUGCACAAGGUCAUCAGCAAAUAUCUCGCAGACGUCGCUGUGCGUAUGAUUAUGGUUUCGGUUUUUGAGAGCUACAGGGAGCAGUUGGGGAAGGUUUUCAAGGAUGCUGCUGUGAGGACUGCUCCCGGUAAAUCAAGACUGCUCCGCGACGCCGAACUAUUCAAAACCCGUCUCAAUCACAUUGAUGGCGUUGGCAAUACAGGAUCAUACCUAAUGCAACUUGUUGAGUCGAAGACGGUCGCUGUAAGCGCCCCCGAGAAAGAACAAGCCAACGUCGACGAGCCGCAGCCGGCGGCAGAGUCUGAGGCCGCAAACGCCGACGGUAACUCUUCCUGAAUGUCUAUUAUGGUGUACGAGUUCUGGCCUGGACUGCCUUUUGGAACAAUAAUUCUUAGCUGUCGCAUUUGCAUGGGUUUGUACAUAUUUGGAGCGAGCAAGGUGUUUGGGAGUACUUGGCUAGACGUGUUUUAGCUUAUAGCUAAGCGAAGAGAUAUCCAAGCCGGCUUAUGCCUG